AUGGCUACAAGUCUUUACGCACCGAUCCGUACUCGUGAUAUUAUUGGACCACAACCUGGUCAAUUUGGCUUGCUCGAAAAACCCCAUCGACCACAAAAAAAUCUUGUAACAAAAAAUCGAGAAAUCGAAGAUGUUCGUGAAGGACGUGAAAAAUAUAAUCGAGAAGAUAAAAUGGAAUUAAACAGAAUAAAUUAUGAUAAAUCAACAUCAAAUAAAGCUUUUAAUGCUCAAGUUCGUCGUGAAGUUCAAAAUCGAUUAAAUCAAGCUGAUAAUCAACUUGAAGAUCGACGUGAACGUUUACGCGAAUUACUUGCGACUGAAGAUGCACAAUAUCUUCAAGAAGCAACAUCAUCACAAGAAACUUUAUCUGAACGUAUCGGUAAAAUGCGUCAAAAAGCCAAACGUUUACGUGAAGAAAAAGAGAGUGAACAUGCAAGAGUUGUUCAAGAAAAAUAUGAUCAACGUUUUCGACGUGAUUGUGCUGAAUUACGUGAACUUCAAUCGAAAGAAUUAGAUCAAGAAUUAGGUAGUGAACAUUUAUGGCAAAUGAAAGAAAAAUUCGAUAGAAAAAAAGAUCAAAAAGCAGAAGAAGAAUUUUGGACUCAAUUAUGGUAUAAUGAUAUUGCGAAAAAGAAAGAACGUGAAGAUCGUGAUGCUCAAGAAGCCAAAUUAAAAAUAGAAAAUACGACUAAAAUGAUACGUGAACAAAUGCAAGCUGUGGAAGAAGAACGAAAUGAAAUGAAAAAUAAACGAAAAGAAAAUUCCGACGCUGCUUGGAUACAAUUUCGUGCUCAAAAAGAUGAAAAAAUUGCUGAAUUUCAAGAAAAAUUACGUAAACAAGAAGAACAAAAACGUGUACUUGAUACUGUUUUAAAUACUAAAAAUAAAGUUCAACAACGUCGAGCUGAAGCAGAAAAAGCACUUGAAGAUAAACUUACUGAAGAAGGUCAGCAAGCAUCUAUGAAUGAAGAAAAUGAUAGAAAUCAACGAAAGUUGGAACUUCGUAAUGAAAGUGAACGUUAUCGUACUUAUGUUGAACAACGUAAAUUUGAUGAAAAAAAACAACAAGCUGAACUUGAUCGUAUUGUACAAGAAGAAUUAGAAAAACAAAAUGCGAAACGUUUAGAAAAAGUACGUGCUGAAAAUGAAAAACGUGCUAAACUUCUUCGAGAAGUUGUUGGAGGUCGACAACAGCAAUUAGUCGAAAAACAGGACAGAAAAGCUCAAGAAGCAAAUGAAUAUCAAUGGCAAAAGGAUAAUCUUAAAAAUAUAUCUGAACAAGUUAAAUUAGAAGAUGCAGAACGUGAAGCACAAAAUAGAACAAAACGACUUGCUUAUCGACAAACUUUAUUAGGACAAAUGAAUUAUGAACAAAGAAAGAAGCAGGAGGAAGAAUAUGAAAAUCAACGUGAAUAUGCCGAAGGAAUGCAAGCAGAAGUUGAAUAUCAAAAACGUCUAAAUUUUGAACUUCAACAAACAGGUGUAGCUCAUCCACAUCCAAUUCGUCAAUGGUAUUCAGCUAAAACAGGUACACUUUAUCAUCCAGAAAAACCCGUACUAUUCGAUAAUGAUCAAAAUCUUCCUCCUCCUCGACGUAAUACUGCACAAUCACCACAAUCUCGUCCUAUCUUACCCGUUCCUAUUGUGUAUCAUUAA